AUGAUGGGCAGCAAGAUGGUGUCUGCCAGCAGGGUCGCUCAGGUAGUCAAGCCACAUACUCCAUUAAUAAGUUUCCCUAAACCCAAUAUAUCAGAAGCUCUGAGAUCAGCAGGAAUGCCAUCUCACUCUUCUGCAAUUUCACAGCAUUCUGUGGGAAGUAAAUCACCAAAUUUGCUAAUGUAUCAAGGUUCUCCAGAUACUGCAGAAAUAAUAAAAUCAUUACCUCAGAAAUAUAGAAGGAAACCUAUGUCUCAAGAAGAAAUUGAAUUUAUCCAACAUGGAGGUCCAGAAUAA